GAGUUCUCGCGAGUUAAAUUUCCUCCCUAAACUUACCGCAUCAAUUUAACAAGAGAGAGAGCGGCCGAGAUCCCGUUGGUGGCAAACUAAACCCAGGAAGCCCUCUUCGUCAAUCACAGAGCAAACCCUCUACUUCGUUGAGUAGAAUAACAGUGAAUAUUACUCUCGCUACCUUCCCCAGCUAACAUAAUUAAGAAAAAUGCCCUUUCGGAGAAUAUCUGAGGUGGAGCCUCCGAGUCCGUUGAGGUAUCUAAUAGGAGCGGCGAUCAUGAUGAUCGGAGUUGUGUUACCCGUCGGUUAUAUGAUGUUCCGUAACAAGCGGGUCCCCUCCACUUCCUCAUACUCUAAGCAGACGUAGGGCAAAGUUUUGAUGUAGAGUAGCGAAAUUGCGAAGACAGAUUUUUACAGAAUGAUCAAUGAAUUUGAAGUCUGAAGAUGGUGAGAAAGGAGACCUUGAUGGAUCUGCAAAUAUGAAUGUACAUGUAUUGAAACACCAUUCUGUUAUAUUGUUUAGUUGGGAUUCAAACUGGUUAAUGAAAUGAAACGCUUCUGGUCUGAUUCAAUUCUUCUCAUUGGCUUUUUUCAUGUUGCUUCAUUGAUGUCUAUUGUUUACUUGCCUUUCUUUUCUGGAAUAUAUGUUGUGGCUUGUCAUUUUCUUUUUAUUGUAAUUUUGUCCCAAUAUAA